ACUGACUAAGUGCUUCGCCAAGCAGGAAACAGGGAAGUAACAUUGGAGCAGGACAGGGAGCGAUCAGGUGUUUUGUUUGUUUUUUUUUCUUUCCCUGGACCAAAUCACAGGAUUUGUUAGACACGUUAUAAUUAAGCAGCCUCCAUAAAUAGGUUCGAGCUCUUUAACGGUCUCGUCGACAUUUGGGCGCAAGGUGCCGUAAAUUAGAGCACAGUGGCUCAGGUGCAUCGCUAGCGCAUUUGGACCCGUUUGCACGUUUGGAAUUUGAAGUGUUAGUUGAUUCAUCUGAUCUUUUGUGUCAGAGCACAAAGCCCAGUGUCUGCUCCAUCUAAAGCGCCCGCCCAUUGGGCUUUCUGCGGAGCGAUAGUGGGAGAUUGAUUAUAGUGUCCGGGAUUUACCGAGGAAAAAGCCAGAGCCUGCUUUGGACCGUGAUUUGCUCUCCCAUCAGUGAAGAGGUGGAACAUUUCCAAAGACUUAUUCCAGUCUGGCUCCGUACCGCAAGCCCGUUCGGAUCCGGAGCGACACGCUAAGCCUUUUUUGAUCAGGUGUCCAAAUACGCGCAAGUCACGGCGGACUUUUGGCUUUAGCCGUGGAGGCAGCGAGAGUGAAUCGCCUCCGCAGUCUCGGAUGCGUAGUAAACGGGAACGGGGAGUGGGUUGGGUCGCCCCAGACGCCUGGCAUAUACGCACACGUCGUCAGCGAUAAAAGCGGAUAGGUGAGGGUGAAGGCGAGAGGAAAGCGACACCCGAGGCGUCUUUCUUUUCUUUUUCUUUUUUCUUUUUUUUUAUUUUUAAGAAGAGGACAUUGGAGAGGUGAGUCGCACAGUUGGAAACCGGCGGACUCACCGGUUGUGGAUUUUCCUCUCUACUCUCUUUUUUAUUAUUAUUAUUAUUUUUUAUUGUGUGUCGGCGGGGAUUCGCAGACCUUCGCCUUCCCCAAGAACCAACGGGUAUUGGAAGUGAAUCUGCGGAACAACACACAAUGGAAACCGGUGCGCUCCUUCUUGCCUGUGCGCUGCUCGCCGGCGUUGCUGUUGCUCAGAGAGUGGUAACGGUGCAGAGUGGACCGCUGGUAAGGACUGAGGGCUCCCAUGUGACCAUCUGGUGCAACGUGACGGGCUACAAAGAGGGCAUGGAGCAGGACUUUGAGUGGUCCGUGUACCUGCCAUCAGUACCGGACAGAGAGAUCCGCGUCGUGAGCACCGCGCAGUCAAACUAUGCCUAUGCUGUGUAUGCCCAGAGGGUGAAUAGUAAAGAGAUCUUUGUGGAGAGGCUGAGCCGUGACUCAGCUCUCCUCCACAUCACCAAAGUGCAGGCCAACGACCAGGGUCUGUUUGAGUGCUAUACGCCCAACACAGAUGGGCGCUACCUGGGAUCCUACAGCGCUCGGACCAACCUCACUGUCAUCGCUGACUCGCUGACAGUGACGGCCCCGGCCCAGACUCUGUCCAAGGUGGAGGGCGACACGUUACAGCUGACCUGCGAGGUGUCUCGGACCACGGUGCAGCACACCCACUUGUCGGUGGGCUGGUACUUGAGGUCCCCGGAGGACGCGGCCGCCGCCCCUCAGGAGCUGGUCACUUUGUCGAGGGACUUUGUUUUGCGCUCCGGGGGUCCGUAUCGGCAGAGGAUGGCAGCAGGGGACCUCAGGUUGGACAAAACCAGCGCCACCUCCUACAGGCUGACCAUUCAUAAGCUGCAGCCCGUAGACCAGGGGCUGCUCUACUGCCAGGCCGCUGAGUGGAUUCAGGACACAGACGGAAGCUGGUUCGCCAUGACACGCAAGCAGAGCGACAAGACUCAGCUCCGUAUUCAGCCCACUGACCGGGACUUCAGCAUCCAGGUGAGCACGGAGCGACGGUCCUUCACGGCCGGUGAGCCGCUGGAGCUUCGCUGCACCAUUGAGGCGCAGAAUGUCCCCGAGCGAUUCUUCUCGGUGUCGUGGGUCUUCAGCAGCUCACCGGUGGCCGUGGUGGGCCCCAGUGCCGUGCCUGUCCUGGGCCCCGAUUACGCCGCCCGCGAGGCGGCUGGCCACAUGACCGUGCGCAAAGAGAGCGCCAACGUGCACCUGCUCAAGCUGCAGCACUUACGCAUCGAGGAUGCUGGGAAGUACAUCUGCCGUGUAACGGAGCGGGAGAAGACGCCCACGGGGGACUUCAUCGACCGCAGCAAGAGGUCCCGCAAUGUCCAGAUCACAGUCCAGCCACUCAAGAGCAACAUCACUGUGUUGCUGUCCAGCAACUCCUCAGAGGUCCUCGAGGGCGACGCCAUCCUGCUGACCUGCUCGGUCCUCUCCGCUACGGGCCCCCUCUCUGUCGUCUGGCAGUGGACGGACAAGCAGGCGAACGGGCCGACCCAGGAAGUGGCUUCCGUGUACCGCGACGGCACCGUGUGGCACAGCCCCACCUACAGGGAGCGCGCCAGCUACGGGGAGGUCCGCGCGGAGAAGGUGCGAGACGACACGUUCUCUCUGUCCGUGUACAACGCGUUACCUGGAGACGAGGGCCAGUAUCGCUGCGUAAUCAUCGAGUGGCUUCAGGCCGGCACCGAGCCAGAGCUAACCUGGACGAAUUUAGGGGAGAAGUCGGCCAACAAGACGGUCACCGUCAAGACUGUUGAGUCCUCCUUUGCGGUUUCGGCCUCAACGCGGACGCCGUCUGUAAGCUUCGGCGACAACUUCGACCUCCUGUGCCUGGUCAAGCCCCGCCACAACCCCCGCGUGCCCACCUCCGUCACCUGGCGCUUCAUGCCGGCCGGCAAAGAGGCCGGCGACGGGGAACAGGGGGAGUUCAAAGACCUGGUGACGUUCACCCGCGAGGGCACGCUGCAGUGGGGGGAGCAGCUGCUGGGGCUGGGCACCCGCACUACCGUGGACCGCUCCCACUCCAACACGAACUUCCGCCUGUCGGUGACCCGCGCGGGGCGCCGCGAGGCGGGCAAGUACCAGUGCACCGCCGUGCUGUGGAGGAGGAACUACGACAACAGCUGGAGCAGGGUCGCCAACCGCACUUCCAACCUGCUCGGCAUCAGCGUCCUACAGCCAGAGAGUAAGCUGAAAGUGCAAAAGAACAACCAGUCUCAGGUGCACCUGGAGGACAGCCGCGUCAGGAUCAACUGCUCCAUCGCCUCCCAGACCAGCCAGGACUCCCAGCACGCCGUGAUGUGGUACGUGCGACGCGCAACGGGGUCGGAAGCCGACGAGCUCCUGCUCAGAAUCGAGCGCUCGGGGGCUUUCGAGUACGGCGCCUACGCGGAGGAGGAGAGGCUCAGGCGGCGCGUGCAGGCCGAGAGGCUCUCGCCCCGCCUCUACGUGCUGACGCUGAACAGGGCGGAGAGCAGCGACUCCGGGACGUACUACUGCUUGGUGGAGGAGUGGCUGAGCGACCCGGACGGAGCCUGGUACCGGCUCUCCCGGGACACGUCGGGGUUCACCCAGGUUCUGGUCAGGCAGCCAGAGAUACGACUGCAGGUGGAAGAAGUGGAGUCAAAUGUGACGGUGAAAGAGUCGAGCCCCAUCCGCCUGGGCUGCAGCAUCCCUUCGCAGUCGUCGCGAGACUCCCGCUUCUCCGUGUCCUGGUACGUGGAGCGCUCCGAGGACGAGGCCAGCGGCGGCGAGCAGCCGGGGGAAGGCGACGGGGAGCGCGAGUGCGUGUUCUCCAUCGGUCACGACGCCGUGUUCGGGAACGGAAACUGCAGCCCGAGGGAGGAAGCGGGGCCAAAUUCCCGCUUGCAGUUCGAGAGGAUGACAUCUGACCAGUACAGCUUGACUAUUCAAGGAGCGCGGCCAACAGACGCGGGCCGCUACUACUGCCAUGUGGAGGAGUGGCUGCUCAACCCCCGCAACGCGUGGUAUCGCCUGGCCACCAACAACUCCGGGUUCACCAUUGUUAAUGUACUGCAGCAAGUGUCCUCGCUUCAGUCGGUCGUGUGCGCCAACGACUCCCUCUUCUACUUCGUCUUCUUUUACCCCUUCCCCAUCUUCGGCAUCCUCCUCAUCGCCUUGCUGCUGGUGCGCUACAAGGGCCGCAACAACAGCAAGAGCCAAGAGGGCAAGAACGGCGCCCCCCUCCUGUGGAUUAAAGAACCUCACCUCAGCUACUCGCCCACCUGCCUGGACCCGCCCGCGCUCAGCCUGCACCCCGGCUCCGUCGACUAAGGGAGUCAGCCCGUCGCGGCUAUCGCGGAUUUCAGCCCAACACGAUGCCAGGGGAGCAUUAUCGGGACUCCACCUCCAGACCUUACUGUUGUUCACUGCUGUGUUGAAUUAGUCAAUCAGAUGAUCAGUUUAAAAAUUCCUACCCUGGUGGUUAUCUAUUUUACGUUUUAAAAACUCUGUGUGUGUGUGUGUGUGUGUGUGUGUGUGUGUGCGAGGACGGGUGUACCGCGUCGGCACGAGUGACUGUGCGGACCGAAGGGCGCGAGAGUACCGUGAGCCUCUCACCUCCUUUUUUUUUUUUGUUUUCUGUCAAAACUUAAUCUCAUAGCUGCAUUUUGAUUUUUAUCACUCUAAAUAUUUGUCUAUUUUUCAAAAAGAGGAAAAAUCCUGUGCACAUUGAGAUCGCUGGGAAGGACGUUUAAGAGAAGGAACUCUAUAAUCGACUCUGGCACUGAGUGGAUGCCAAAAAAAAAAAAAAAAAAAAAAAAAAGAGUCUCUGCACUGAUCCAAGAGCAGCCACAGCCUUGCCCACUAUGUUGGUUGCCAUAGUGAUGCUCUGCGCCCACUGACUUGGUGGCUGCUGACUUGGUUGCCAGGCUGCACGGAGACAAAGGCUGGGACACACAAGUCUGUGUCCUGAGCGAGGAUGUGUGUAUGUGUGUUGGCCCACCUGCCUUCACAAUGAAUUUGCCUUGGCAGACAGAAACAAGUCCUGGUGUGCCACUUAAACACUGCCAGACACUCUGGCCUUAGUGAGAGACUGUCCCGCUCUUCUCCUCUACCCCCCUCCCCGAAAAAAGAGACGGCGAGAGAAAGAGAGGGACGUCGGAAAAUGGGAACGGAGAAUAACGAACCGCUCUCUCCUACUGAGGAUACAAUACUUUAACACAGGGGAUUUCUUUCAGUGCCAAGUCCUUCUUAGUUCAUCGCUGUCCUCUGCAGCCAGUGUUUGAAGUUUAAGCAAGAGGGGGAGGGAGCCGAUUGGUCGGGAGGCAGAUUGUAAAUAUGUCUUCUUACCUCCUGCUGCGGCUUUAUGGGCCUCGCUGGCAAAUAAGGGGGGAUUUUACACUCAUAUUAAAUCAGUUCGAUUGUCCUGGUUAAAUCAGAGUUACUAACUUAAAUUCAAUCCUGGCACGUUUCUUUUAGUUGCCCAGCGUGACCACUCCGUGCUGUCUUCAAAAGAUAUCAGAUGCAUAUUAGUUUGACGAAAAAAGGAAAAAAAAAAAGACUUAAAGAGCCUCACUGAAGUUUACUAAUGCGUACAUGUUUAAUAAAACACUAAAAAUGUUGUCGGCACAUUAUAAGAAAACUAUCUGAUGAGGCUUUUUGUGUUUAUUUUAAAAGGUUUUCUAUUUAUUGUUUUAUACUAUUUUGCAUAGCUUUGUAAGUUUUUUCUUUCUUUUUUUUUUUUUUUUUGCUUUGAAAUUCUCUAAAAACUCUGCUGCUUGCGUUGCCAGGCGACUGCACCAAGCACAUUAUGUCAAUAGCCUGUGUGUUGACAAUGUGGUAGAAGUAGAAAUGCUAGAUUUGUCCUGCGCAUUGCAGUCCGUAGCAUUUCAUACCGGGUUGUCGAGUUUGAUCAGUGUCAAAACACUGUAUAUCUAUAACUAUUAAUGACAUUUACCGUGGCUUUAAAUGUACAAUAGUUGAACAGAGAAGUCACGAAAAAUGGAUUCACUUAAAUGCUUUUUGCUUGAGUCGCGUUUAUUUAGUGAAAUGUGCUGUGACACCUAGGUAGGAUAUUUGGUCCGAGACGACUUGAAACCGAACUGUUCAAACGUGUUCUAAUCAUGGAUCCGCGCUGAAGGCGUCCCCCUCCACCCUCCACCCUCCACCCACCAGGUUGAAAACCUGUGUCACCUUCUCUUCUCUGGAACAGCAACACCCGGGAAAAGGUGCGAAAUCCUCCACCCGUCGCGGGCCUAACCCAUUCACUGCCAGACUGAACAUGAGAACUACCGAAAAAAAACCUUGACAUUGUCGUCUCAGUCGUGUCAACGUGUAUAUUGCAUGACAAUGUUGGAGGAGGAAUUUUGAUGUUUUGUAAACUUUGAACUCUUUGAGCGUCGUGUUUGUGUGACAGAGCCGAGAACCCCCCCACCUCCCUCACCCCGACCCCCACCCGCACCAACUUCCUGAGCCGAAAAGUCAACACAAAGCCCCAGUCUCUCGUCAUCCUAGAUAUCUGACUGCCAGUUCCAGAUGCCCUUUGAACCUGUGAAGUAGUACAUUUCAAGAAUGGGUGUUGUGGAGAUUGUGUUUGAUAUUAUUAUUGCUCAUAUUUGUCUUUUUAAUGCUUUGCUUUUAUGCGGCACUUCAUUAAACAGAUUUAUGUGAAUAAACGCUACAUGUAUGUCUACCGAGA